GGGAAAUCUGUCAUACGUCAAAAGCUUUCUGUAACGUCACACCGAUGUGACUUCCCGUCACAGCAUGCUCCAGAGAGUGUACCGAUAGACCAUUCACCUCUUUCAAUGGCUGCCGACUCCAAUUCCAGCAUCCUUCCCAACGAAAACAGCGAUUCCUCGGAAUGGUACAGCAGCGACGAAAAACACAAACCUCCCGUGAUGAAAAUCAACAAAGAAAACGCCAAAAACGAAAGUACGACCAAAAUCGCCAAAAAAAAGAAAAGGAGAAUCGUUACCGUGUGUCUCACACACUGCAGAUACGAUGUGAUCAGGAGGGUAGCUUCCAAAUUCGCUUAUAAAGAAGUGACUGAGGGUGAGAACUGGAAUAUGUACUGGACCGAUCUGUCUAUAACUGUGGACAGGUGCAAGGAGAUGAAGAGAUUCCAGAAGAUCAACCACUUUCCAGGAAUGCUUGAAAUUUGCAGGAAAGACCUACUAGCUCGCAACCUCAACAGAAUGCUGCGCCUGUUUCCGAGAGACUACAGCUUUUUCCCCAAAACCUGGUGCUUUCCGGCAGACUUAGGCGAUGCUAUAACCUACAGCAGAACUCGCAAAAACAAAACCUUCAUACUGAAACCUGACGCCGGCAGCCAAGGUCGAGGGAUCAUCAUCACGAAAUCCUUGAAAGAAAUACGACCUUGCGACAGAGGUGUAUGCCAGGUGUACAUCACCAAGCCCUUGCUUAUCGACGGGUACAAAUUCGAUCUCAGAGUGUACACUUUGAUAACGUGCUGUGACCCGAUGAGGGUGUACAUUUACAACGAGGGAUUGGUCAGGUUCGCCACCAGCAGGUACAAAGAACCCAACGGGGUCAACAUCACGAAUGUCUUCAUGCACCUAACAAAUUACGCCGUCAACAAGCACAGCAGAACGUAUAAUAUGGACGCGGAAGGUGGUAGCAAGAGGAAACUGACCUGGCUGAAUAGCUACCUCAGAAGCUUGAAACACGACGUGGAAGCUAUCUGGUACAGAAUCGACGACGUCAUCAUCAAAACCAUCAUCAGCGCUUACCCAGUGCUCAAGCACAGCUACGCCGCUUGCUUUCCCAACCACGAUGUAAUCCCUGCGUGCUGUGAGCUGCUUGGCAUAGACAUCCUCUUGGACAAGAGGCUGAAUCCUCAGGUUCUCGAAGUCAACCAUUCGCCUAGCUUCCACACCGAUACUGAUCUAGACUGCGAAGUGAAAGAGGCUCUGCUCAGCGACAUGUUCGCUAUGAUGAAUUUGGAGAACUGCGAUAAGAGGAAGAUAAUGCGCGAAGAUAGGAAGAGAGUGAGGGAGAGGUUGCUGAAUGGUAUAAACACCAAGGAAAAUCUUUCCAGCAACGAUACGAAAAGCUUCACGGACUAUUUUAAGCAAGAGAUGUCGUGCAGGGGAGGCUUCAGACUGGUGUAUCCUUGCUCCGGUACUGAACACAUCUAUUCCAAGUACUUCGAGCAAGGGCAGAACUCGUUGUACUGCGAUACGGCUUCUAGCAGAGCUAGAGAGGCUGCGCAGAACGCUCUAAGAGACGAGAUGCAGAUGAAAGCGAAGCUGGAAGCAUCCAAGAGGAUAACAGCGAAGCCUAAGCCUAUAGUUUCGGAACCUCCGAGCUCUAGGUCGGUUUCUAGGACCUCGUCAAUCCCUCAGAGCGUUAGAAGCGAUUACAACAAUUCCUUUGAUCCCCAGAUGAUUGUUGAGUACGAGGAGAAGGAAAGGCUGCAGAGGCUGGCCCAGAGGGAUUAUUUGGUGAGGAGCCAAGGAUUGCUGGAGGUGGUUUAUUUCUCGAUGAAGAAGAACCACAUCCUGCGGCCGCAGGACGAGAGGAAGUACGCCAUUUUCGAGAAGAUUCGGCAUGCAGGAGAGUCGGUGAGCAAGUCGAAUGGUGGUGGGCCUGAGAUUACAGAUUUGCUGGAUGGGAUCGCGCAGAAAGGGGCGAGAGGGCACGAGGGGGUUGGUAAGGGAGACUUGUACUCGUGGAGUUUGGGGAAGGAGAAAUAUCAUAAACAUUUCGCUAAGGUGUGAUUGUUGAUUGGUGCUGUGGUUGUUUCUGGUUGUUAAUAAAAUUUUCACGCAUGAGUAUGA